UACAUCCCAACUCCAAACUGGGCAUUUGAAGAGCUGGGUGUUUGAAUUCCGAAUGGCUAGUUCCAACAAGCCACUGGAGGCUCAGCUUUCCACGAGCGGGCUGCUGGCAAACGCAGCUACAAGCCCUUCCGAGGACGUCGGCGAUGUAGGACCGCAACGCGUCCGGGGAUUCCAGCCCGUCGGCGGCGGGGAACAAACCCACCGCGAGCAACCACCGGUGACAAAGGCGGAGCUGGUGCAGAUGGAGACUGGGCAGGUCAAGACGCUGUCCCAGGCAGUGGACCGGGAGAAAUGGGAUUCCAAGUUGGAUUUCAUGCUAUCUGUUAUCGGGUUUGCGGUGGAUCUUGGUAACGUGUGGCGAUUCCCAUACAUCUGCUACAAGAAUGGAGGAGGAGCCUUCCUCAUCCCCUACGCCAUCAUGGCAGUGUUUGGUGGAAUCCCUUUGCUCUACCUAGAGUUGGCCUUGGGACAGUACCAACGGACUGGCUGCAUCACCGUGUGGAACCGCAUCUGCCCGCUCCUCACAGGCAUCGGAUUCGCCAUUUGCGUGGUCAACAUGUAUGUCUCUUUCUACUACAACACUGUCAUCGCCUGGGCCGUCUAUUACCUCUUUUCCUCCUUCACCAGUGUCCUGCCCUGGACAACUUGCAACAACACUUGGAACACGGCUGACUGCAUGGAACCUUUCCAGUCUGGUAACACGACCACUCCCAGCAAUGAGAGCUCCACCCCAGCGUCGGAGUUCUAUGAAUUAAAGGUCUUGGGACUGACCACCGACCGGAGUAUCGAAGAUUUGGGAGGGGUUAAGUGGGAUCUCGUCCUGUGCCUCUUGGCUGUGUACGCGAUCGUGUUCCUCAGCCUCUGGCGGGGCAUCAAGGCGUCCGGGAAGGUGGUCUGGGUGACAGCUACUUUACCUUAUCUCUGUCUCACCGUGCUGCUGGUGCGUGGCGUAACGCUUGAGGGAGCUAUUCACGGCAUUGUGUACUACCUGGAGCCCAAGUGGGACCUUCUCCUGGAACCAGGGGUUUGGAUGGAUGCUGCCGUGCAGGUGUUUUUCUCUCUCGGCCCAGGGUUCGGCGUCAUGCUUGCACUCUCUAGCUACAACCAGUUCCACAACAAUUGCUACAGGGAUGCGCUGGUGAUCAGUGCUACCAACUGCGCCACGAGUUUCGUGUCAGGCUUUGCCAUCUUUUCAGUGCUGGGUUACAUGGCCGUGAGACAGCAGACUCCUGUCGAACAAGUCGCCCCUGAAGGGUAUGGGUUAGUGUUCGUUGCCUACGCGGAGGCCUUAGCUACCCUGCCUGCCCCUGCCGUUCUCUCCGUGGUUUUCUUCCUCAUGGUCAUCACUUUGGGACUGGACAGCACGUUCGGUGGCCUGGAAUCGAUCAUUACAGCCUGGAUGGACAAAUUCCCGCACACCAUUGGCAAGAGGCGCCCUCUCUUUGUGGCAGUUCUCGUCUGCUGUUGCUUUCUAGGCAGUCUCUCCACGGCAACAUAUGGAGGGCAAUUUGUGAUCCAGCUCUACGAUGCUUAUGCUGUGUCGGUGACCAUCCUAGCCAUCGUGGCCCUCGAAGCUGUAGCCGUGGCCUGGUGUUACGGUGUAGGGGCCAUGGGCAGCGACAUCAAAGCGAUGAUCGGCCAGAAACCCGGUGUCUUCUGGAUGAUAUGCUGGCAGUUCUUGAGCCCAGUCGCCAUAUGUUUCAUCGUGAUCUUUGCUUUGGUGCACUACGAACCGAUCCCGUACUACCCGACCUGGGCCGAGUGUUUCGGCUGGCUUCUCACGGCCUCCUCGGUCAUGUGCGUUCCCGUCUACGCCGUGUAUAAGCUAAUUGCAACGCCUGGGUCCAUUGAACAGCGCCUGAGAGCAUGUUUUCGACCGCAAGAGAGGCCAGGUAACCCGGAACGUGGCAGAAAGGAUCCAGUUGCGUUCGUGUAACAUCUUGUUACUGCGUUUCGUGACGCGAAACUCUUGCCCAUAGGCCUAGUUGGUGGAGUAAAAAUACUGCCCGCUCUGAGUGAUGCACGAAGAGCGCCCGUUCUGCAUAUCAAGUUUUGUAUUAAACGUAUUCCAUAAUGCCGUGCAAUGAGAUAAAUGAUUUUUUAGUUAUUGCUUUGCACUGAUUAUUGGCUUUAUAAUACACAUUAUAAGGCUACAAAGCGACAACUUUUUUCAUGCCACAUAUAAGCCUCGAUAUUUGAAUGUUGUCGCGUCGUUGAUAUGUCGAAUUCGAUGUGUAGAGAAAUACCUUUUUGAAAAGUAUUUUGUAUGUUGGAUGCUGGCUGGUUACUUUGCUUCGUUUCGCUUGUUUGACAGCCUGGCGUCGAAACACUCCCACUAUCACAUUUCACUUGUCUUGGCCCACGACAUCAGUGAUUAAUAACAAUGGUUUCUUUUCUUUGCACAACUCUCUGUUUUCCCCUCGCACCAUGCUCACAUCAAUCUUGCAUCGAUGACGGCGUAGCCGUUUUAUGUCAGUGUAGACUGUCGGUGUAACAUCAAUAUCCUCUCACAAACCAUUACUGCCGGUAACAAGCGGGUUUUUUUCUGCAUUGCAUAUCGUGUUAGCGUGCUUGAUCACCAUUUUCUGAUAGGCUGUAACCUGCUUUGUGAUGAAAAUGAGACGCCCACUUAUCACUUAAGCCCAGAUACUCCUACACGGUUUUUCUUCGACUCACUGGUUCCCUCUCUCUUUAUUUCAAAUGGUCCAACAUACUCCACAAACACUUAUCGAAGUGCAUGGGUGUAAAGAGCGCGGGGUUUCAAUGGAGAAUGGGAGCUGAAGUUAAUUUGCUUUCCAAAGAGUGGUGGAUAAAGACUAGUGCAGAAAGUCGUUGAAGCGGAACAUUGGUUCCUAAAGCAAGUUAUUGCAGGAAGACUUUUUACCGCUGUGCUAGUUGGGACAUUCUGUCAGUCUCUGAGUCACACCAUCAUGGUUACUGGUUGAUGUUAGUAAUCUGUAAAAAGAAGACAAAAUAUCACAUUUCGGGUAGCAAUGCACCUAGUACAUGUACAGGCGUUUGGAAACCUUUUUCUCGCAAAUAUUGUGCUGGUUUUGAUGCUGAGAUUUGUUGCACGCUGAUGCCUCACUUGCCUGAACAUAUCUGAAGUCUGAGCUGAUAGUCACUUUUAGUUAUCGAUCUACUUACAUCGCUAAUUAUAAGUAUUGUAUACACGAUUAUUGUGAGUGUUUGUGAGUCCUUCCUGUGCGAGUUAUUAGUAAAGGAUUGAAGGGUCAUUGACUUCACGGACCUUGAAAGGUUUUAACGAUUUAAUAGACUGCGGGUUGAUAAUGGGAUGACAACAGUUUAUGCAGGGAAGCAUUCUCAUUUCUCUGGAAGGGAAACCUCGGCCUAGAGCACUCGAGCUUAUUUCAUAACAAAACUGUAUUUAAGAGAGACCUGCCUCCAUGGUUUUUGAUAAGGAGCAUCAGAAUUAUAAUCGACUCAAACCACACGUAUGCUGCUGGGGACUAGAUACAGCUGCAUCGAUAGCCAAUUUCAUGAAUAUGCGCUAAACAAGGAAAGUUUAAGCAUGUACACAAAGUGUUUUCUUUAGUCAAACAAAUCAGAAGCCGGAGUGUUAAUUAUAGCGAUUUCCGUGACUGAUUAUCACUGGCUAUGCAGCUCUAUUAAUGUUUGUAUAAUUGUAGCGCAAUUAUGCUUAUUCACACUUGCCAUCUGCUCAGUUUGGUUAACUUUCAGUUGGACGCGUUCCAAAUCCACUUUCCUUACAGCAUGUUACAACUCACUUGCCCAGCUAUCAGCUAGGCCUAGUUUUAUUUUAUAACAAAGACGUUUAAAAAGUUAAAAUACGUGGGUGACGGGCAAUUUGUAAUGAAAAUGCGCGCGAAUUGUUUAUGUGGAUGCUUUCAGUCAUUGCGAAUGCAGAUGAUUCGUCAAGGUUGUAUUGUGAGUGGACUUUGUGCGUGCAGCUCUAGUCCAUUCCCGCAUGCUUCAUUUCUUCACUUGAUGUUGGGUCGAGUAUGCGCUUUUCGUAAUGGCAUUCAUCAUUGAUGAUCGGCAAGAGAAGGCUAUAUACGUCUCUGCGUGAUACACGCCGAUGCUAACUCACCAGAAGAUUUUGCUCGGCAGACACACGCUCGCCCAGCAAAACUCCAGCAAUAAGCUAGUGGCAAAAUCGCAGGUGUAGUGUAAACCACUUUGGAGACCGGUUACACUGUCAUUUUUCCCUCCUAAUAUGAUAAGCAAGUCUAUAACGUCAGCUACACUCAUACAGCUGGGUUUUGAUCAUGACUGCGGUGAUUUACAAGUUUAUGUGAUUUUCCAGCUAUUGUGCCCACGACCACUGUUCAUCCACAGAUUGAAAAAUUCAUCAUGACGACCUGGUGUUGCUCAUUUCUCAAACAUUUGGAGCGCCGCUGUGUUUUGCCGAUUUGGCGACCGUAGCGAGCGAUAUUUUGCUUGGCCCAGACAUCCAUGCAUUAGCUCCCAGACACCUUUCAUUGCCGUCACCAAUGCAUGACUUUUCGUCAAGCGAUUAGUUGUUAUUUGGGAUCUUUUCUUCUGUUAGAAGGGACCAGAAAUGUGCAACUUGAAAGCUGCGCGUUCACAGUGCUAUGUCCUUUCUUUCUGAUUUUCCCCAGUUUUGUUUGCUCCGUGUUUUGUAUUUGAUGUUUACAACGACAUGUUUAGCUGUUAAGCGUUAGUGAGUCGCUACAGAAGUGCAAGAAUUAUACAGAGUAAUGUCAAAGGAAGACAGUUUCUAUCAAAGCACUAAGCAGUGAGGGUAGGUCUAUGUUGCACGGGUAAAGGGAGUCCGCCUGAGCCUAAUUAGGUAAAAAACCUUAUUACGAAAUAGUUGGAAAGUCGAUGGUGCACUUUACACCGUGUUUUUUAUACAAGGAGGAAUCCAGUCUCUCCCCGCUGAGUGUCUGCAAAUCAAUCAAUGUAUUCGUCUCUUAUCAUCUGUGCAUGACCUUAAAGAGGACAAACUGAGCUUUUUAAUUUGAGUACAAAUUCACAGAAAACGCCUGUUUACCUUUUCACUUACAAAAUAAUUAUACGCGCAUGGGCAUUGGUUAAUGAGCGGUUCAAGCUAACCCCUGUUUUUCUUGUUAGGAUAACAUCAAAUUAAUGUUCAUAUGAAUGUAUAAAACGCAAAAAAGUGGCGUGAAAUUGGAAAUAUUAAGUGAUGUGAAGUGGCAUGAAGUGAUUGGUAUAUGUUGUUUAUGCAUUUCAUUAAAGUGGGUUUGCAGAACUACGUUGGAGCUUAUUUCCACCUGAUCUCAACGGAAGAAUAUAGACAAAUGCUUUUGUGUGUAGUAAUGUAAACAAAUAUAGGCCUACCUGUACUAUUCAGGAAAUGGUUUAUAAUUUGUUGUAGCAUCUGCCCUGUAUUAUUUGAAUAAACCGUAUCAGCGGGAGACCCAAUUUCAGUAACGUAUUGUAUACAUUUGAAACCCUUAAUGGGAUGGUACCAGGUGAUUUUCUUUCGGAGGGAAUGAAAUCGUAGAAUAGAGUCCGGUUCUUUCAACUUUACGUUUUCAAAUGUUAGGGAAUCUGACUGACAUUUGGCCCUAUGUGAAUACGGUUUAUUAUGAGUUGAAUGUAUAGCAUGAUCGCUUAACCCCAGUUUUUGUUUUAAAACAUUUUCUAACGACACACAAUUUCAAAUGUUAUAUCGCAACUGGUCUACG